AUGACUUGGAAACAAAGAGGGCUAGGAAAAAGACCUCCUGCUUGUCGGGAUCUCAAUGCACUGAAUGAGACAAACAAGACUUGCAGUGAGUCGGUCAGUCCGUGGUCGACAGUGAAGGUGGAGGGAGGUACCAUACAGUUGCGAAGGAGGCGUAGCACGCGGGGGGAGAGGAACAAGGGAGGCCAAUGGCCUGCAGAUGAAGCAGAUGUUGCAGUGGCGGGUGGUAGAAGGUACUGGGGGGAGACCCGUGAGAGGAGGAUCCGAUCCUCUGGAGAAAGGGAUGCCGUCGUAGGGAAGGAAAGGGAAGGAAAAAAUUGGUAG